CAGGCUUUGAUUUGUACUUUAGACUCAUAACAUAUAUUUCUCUGGAGCUGAUGUUUUCCUAACACUAUCAGCUUGGCUUAAAAAGCUGUUUGGCGAGGAUGUUUUAAAGGGUUAAAAGCCCUUUAGGAUUUGAAGUUAUUUUAAAUUAAUUAAAACAAAUACUUCUGGCUUCGCUGAAGAAAUAACUGGAAUCAUGGAUCAGAACAACAGCUUGCCGCCCUAUGCUCAGGGCUUAGCCUCCCCUCAGGGUGCAAUGACUCCAGGAAUUCCAAUUUUUAGCCCAAUGAUGCCAUAUGGCACAGGACUGACACCCCAGCCUGUCCAGAGCACCAACAGUCUGUCCAUCCUAGAAGAACAGCAGCGGCAACAGCAGCAGCAACAAGCAGCACAGCAGUCUACAUCACAGCAAGCCACACAGGGAACAUCUGGUCAAACUCCCCAGCUCUUCCACUCACAGACUCUUACCACAGCCCCUUUACCAGGAACCACACCUCUGUACCCCUCCCCAAUGACUCCCAUGACUCCAAUAACUCCUGCAACACCAGCAUCUGAGAGCUCUGGGAUAGUGCCACAGCUACAGAAUAUUGUGUCCACGGUGAAUCUUGGUUGCAAACUUGACCUAAAAACGAUUGCGCUUCGUGCCCGAAAUGCUGAAUAUAAUCCCAAGCGUUUUGCUGCUGUCAUUAUGAGAAUAAGAGAACCACGCACUACUGCACUUAUAUUCAGCUCUGGAAAAAUGGUGUGCACAGGAGCAAAAAGUGAAGAGCAAUCGAGACUGGCAGCAAGGAAGUAUGCAAGAGUUGUUCAGAAACUGGGUUUUCCUGCAAAAUUUUUGGAUUUUAAAAUUCAGAACAUGGUGGGCAGUUGUGAUGUGAAGUUUCCCAUCAGAUUAGAAGGAUUGGUACUCACACACCAGCAGUUCAGCAGCUAUGAGCCAGAAUUGUUUCCUGGCUUAAUCUACAGAAUGAUCAAGCCAAGAAUUGUUCUGCUUAUUUUUGUUUCUGGAAAAGUGGUUUUAACUGGUGCUAAAGUACGAGCAGAAAUCUAUGAAGCAUUUGAAAAUAUCUAUCCUAUUUUAAAGGGAUUCAGAAAGACAACGUAACAGUUUCUACAUCUUUUGGAGAAAUCAGGGGUACAUUUUAAAAGGUUUUGUGUAUGGCACAGCAGUAACAGGAGAUGGACUAUCAGUGAAGCUGCAACACCAGAACUUGGACUAUUUCCCAGUUAGUGCCUACUUCCCUGAUGCUCAAGGGGAUCUGUGUUAUUGGUUAUGUCUACUGAGUUACUGUGAGUUGCUUUACUGGGCUGUUCCUGGAGCAGUCGCUCCCAAGUUUUAUUUAUAUUCUAGCUUUUAAAUAGUUUUAAUGCCAGUUCUAUUAAUAGAAAAUUCCUAAGUUGGUUUAAAAGACAAAUGCAACAGUGUCACUCAGUGUAUAAACCACUUAAAUUGCCAUGUAUAUAUAUGUUUUAACUUCCUUCCAUAAGACCAUGGUUUUUAUAAUUUUCAGAACUUAAGCUUUUAAUUUUUUUCAAUUUUAAAUUUCUUUGGUGCCAGACACAUUCCCUCUUUCCAGUAUUAAGCAAGACAGAAUAAAAUUAUUAAUGAAAAUGGCUCACUGUACAUAUAUAUAUAUAUAUAAAAUAUACUUUCCUUCUUCUUCCUCCUUCAGCUCCACAUGUACAAUAAACCCUGUUUAUACAAUUAUGGGAACUGUCUUUAUCAAUUUUAAAAUUACCCAGCUGCUAGAGUGAAAUACAUUGAAAGCUUUUUAAUUUAAUUGGAUUUUUCAAUAGCACAUGCACUACUGUAAGUCACCUGUAAUUUUGAGAAAAUCCUAACACUGCUCUGGCUUGCUUACCAGCAGUCAUAUCCUUGGCAGUAUCUACCUUGAAUAUUUCUAGCAUGAUAAGGCAAAAGAGAUGACUGUUUGAAGAAGUUUCUGUUGCCUCAUACUCAACACACAGAAUUUCUGCAAGUCUUAAAUAGCUACACUAGACUAAAUUGGAACAAAAGAUCCCUACUUAGUUUCUAGACUUUUUAAAAUUACUGCUUUUGUAUUUUACAAGCUAUCACAGUCUCAAUAAAUUAGUGUUCCGUAAAAUGACAAAGCCCUUCCAUCUAGAGUCAGUAUGUACAUAAUCUUCCCUCUGAACUGUGCUGGAAGCUUAACGGGCUGAGAAUUAAAAAUAAACUUUUUUUUUCUCCAGUAAAUUUCUAGUAAUAGUAACCUCUUUUCUAUGACUUACACAUUCAAACAGCUUUUAUCUAAAACUAACCCAAAUGUA